GCUGUUUACUAAUUUGUUAGUUACUCGCUGCCGACUGCAGGACUGCCGUAUUCACCAGCCAAAGCCGCCAAAGGAGGAAAGAGAAAAUGAGACGCCGGACCCCAGCUGGUGAAAAUAAAAGUUCGGCUUCGUCCAAAAACUCUGGCGAAGAAGAUGGGGAGACAGAUAAAACGAAAAAACCUUCAAGUGGUGGUCCCAGCGCACAACCUAAUUUCGUGAUGGCAUUUAUUGCAACGAUAAUCUCUGUGAUUUUUCUUGGCGUUGUUCUGAUUGCAUUUAAUGUUAAUGGACUACAAAAUCUGAAUAGCGAACAGUUUAAACUUUUGCUGAAGGUAACAGAGGAAUUGAAACUUCAAGACUGUCCUGUCAAACAACAGUAUUUAUUACCGAAUGAUGACAAACCAACCUUGCUUAUUUGGAGUCCACGGAUGGACUUGAAGCACCUGAAGCAUGUUUAUAGUGUUUUCGACAGAAUGGGCUACCACAUAACGGAGGACAACACGUCCAACUGGGAUGUCUUGUGGGCCCAUGAUUACCCAUUCCAAGCACUGCAGUCAAGCUUAAGAAAUUUAAAGCCAAACCAGAGAGUCAAUAAACUGCCUGGCACAGGUUAUAUCACAACAAAGGUCAGCUUGGCAACUUCUGGCGGUCUUGGGAUUCCUCCUGCAUUCAGACUUCCUGAUGACAAGGAACAAUUACUUGAAUACGCACACAAAAAUCCCAAGGCAUUAUUUGUCGAAAAGAACAACGAUCAUCGAUCUGUAUUUUUCAAGCCAAUCGAAAAGAUAAAUCUUGAUUCUAAGGACAACUUUGUUCAAGAAUUUAUUGCCAAUCCUUUACUGAUUAGUGGGCACAAAUUUGAUAUUGGAGUUUAUACAAUUGUGACUUCAAUAGAUCCAUUGCGAAUUUAUAAGUUUGAUGGUGAUGUUUUAUUCAGGUAUUGUGAGGAGCCUUACGAACCUUUCAAUGCUUCCAAUGUGCCCCAAUAUGUAAUAGGAGAAGACUACCUGCCAGCCUGGAAGGUACCUGCGUUGCAGAAGUAUGCAGAGAUGUCUUAUGGAUUCAAAGAGUCUUUUGAUGCGCACUUGAAGUCAAUUGGGAAAAACCCUGAUUCCAUUUGGGACCAAGUGGACAAAGCCAUCGCGUCUGUUUACCUGUCCCGAGAAAAAGAUUUUGCAGCUCUUUUGUCUCGGUACAAGAAUAAGCGCAACUUUUUUGAAAUGGUGCGGUUUGAUUUUAUUGUUGAUGAAAAUUUCAAAGUGCAUCUCUUAGAGGCUAACAUGUCCCCCAAUCUUUCGUCCAUGCAUUACCCGCCGAAUGCUCUUUUGUAUGAGCAAGUACUGUACAGCUUACUAUCUUUAGUGGGAAUCUCUAGCUACCUCCAUCCUCCAUUCCAACCUAACGCCGAGGUUAGUAACAUGGUCGUUGCUAACAGAAAUAUAAUGACUUCGCCCGAGGUUUGUGUCAACUGUGAUGACUGCAGUAAACCAGAGUGCCAACUUUGUGCUCCUUGUCUGAAAGAAGACUUUGUAGCCGACAUUAAAAAAGCGUACAAGGAGCACUUGAAUAGAUUUAGAUGUAGAAGGAUAUUCCCACCAAGAAUGACGCAAGCUGAAGCUAAAUUGGGAAUACCCCAAGAAUAUGCAGAGCUUUCAACCAAAAAUAUUCUUCAGUACCGCUGGUUUCAAGCUAAAUGUUUGAUGGAUGAUGUUUGGUGUUGAACCUGUGUUACCAACAAUCCAUUCCUACACAUUUUAAUCUGAUUUAGAUGCUCAACAAUUUACUUAACAUUCUGAAUCUCACAAAUUGUUGCAAUGAUUUUUUCAAGUUAUUUAAUUUAGUAAAGAAAAAUAUGAUGCUCAUUUAAUAUGGUUAAUCCAGCAGUUAAGUCUUGUAUUUAUCUUAAGAAAACGCAGGAUGCUUAUUGUUUACGUUUGAUUUUUACAUUUUACCAAACUUCCUGUUAAUUAAGUUGUCAAUGAACGCUAUCGCUCAAUUUUAUUUUAACUUUCUUACAUUCCAACAUUGCUGUGGCUGCUGUGCAUUUCUAUAUUAAUACUUCAUCAAUUAAUAAUGAAAGGAAGAAUGCUUAUUUUACAACUUGUGUAAUAAUCUUGUAAUUAUCCAUUAAAAAACUUCUUUGGACCAAUCAAA